CCCUUUAAAAUUAUGAUGUGAUUUUGUUGGCAUUCGUUUGUGAAUUGUGGCAUUUUCUGUUAUUGUCUUUCCGUUGGCUGUGCUCAUGUUCUAUGCAGUAUCAGUUGCCAGUGCCACUUAUUAAGUAUGUAGUUUGUUGGUGUGAGGAAUGAGCAGACGAAAAGUAGGAGAUGAUUGGGGGAGCCAUGGCAGUGGAGGAAUACAGGCUUUCGAGGAUGAGCUGGAUUCUAUGGUCUUGGAUGUCAAACCUAGAGUUAAAAAAGCCAACAAGCCACCCACUGUUAAUAACAGUCGCCAAGGCUGCAACUCUAGAGGUGGCUCUAACAGAGGUGGUGGGCAAAAGAGGCCACCAAGUGGACAGCAAAGGAGUGUAGCAAGUGGGAGGCAAGGCUUUCGCAAUGAGGAAAGGUUUGACAAUAGUGCAAUUGAAUUCCUUCGUCGACCAGAAUCGCCUAGAAAUGCUGCGUCAGAAGGAGUAGGGCGACGGAGACUAGGUCACAAGGUCAUGCUGCAGACGCUGAAUAUGACUGAAGACAACCAGGAGAUGGUUCUUAAUACUCUAAAGCACGUACAGGAUGAAGAUUUUUCGUUGCCAGAAGAAAACGAAUAUAGUAAUGUCAAUCUUCAAACAGAGAGGCGAUUUUGGCUCCGUGAUGCAACACUAAAGGUUGUGGAGCAAAGUCACAGUGAAAACGACAAGCUAUCCCCCUCGAAUAUGUACAGCAACUUUGCACUUAACAAGCUACUCAGAUAUGGCUUCCAUAAGGACCGAUGCAAGUCGGCAUUAGAGCAAAACGAAGGCGAUGUCGGAAGAAGUCUAGAACAGUUGUGGUGUAGCUGUUUUAAUGUCACGUUUGAGCGUGACGAUUCGUUCUCCGAAGACGACAUCCUCGAACGACGAAGUGAGGAGGUGCUAGCUCUGAGCUCCAUCUAUGGAGAUGCUUUCGUGGAACGUAUACCGAAUCGGGUGUGGGUCGUCUGCCUGGAUCUCCCCGUGCUCGAGACGCUCAUCAACAAGAAGCCGGCCGCCGACCAUCGGAAGAAGCCGGCCGCCGACCAUCAGAAGAAGACGGCCGACAGUCGACUGGCGUGCCGGCUCUAUAAGAAAGGCACGUGUCGUUUCGAGCACAAGUGCCGAUACAGGCACGAGGCGGCCGCGAAGCACGUCUACGCCGCGCUGGCGCUCGAGAAUCCUGAUCCGGACGGCGCGGCGUCGAAGUACGAGCUCGAGAUCCGGUUUCCGGACGAGUGCAGCUACCCGUUCGAGCCGCCGCUGGUCGCGUUCUCGACGACGCACGACUACUUCCCCAAGUCGAAGUGCCUGAACGUGACCUCGCGGUUGUACGAGGAAGCACGGGGCGUCGCCGCCGACCACCUGCCCGCCGUCUUCUCCCUCAUGGGAAUACUCAUGGAGGAUGAGGACGCGCUGAAACGCGCGAUCGAGUCGCCGUCCCUGCCGCACUAUUUCUCCGCCGGCGACUGGCCGACGGACGCGGCGCCGCGCCACGACAACGCGCCGACGCUGGUC